CCAGGCGACUCGGCAACUCGGCUGUGGGCGCUCUCGUGCACUGUGUGCAGUUUGUGUUGUAACGUGUAUAGCGCGGGGUGCGGUGCGCAGUAUUCAUUCACCAAUUAGAGCUAUCCGUGUAUAGGACUGGCGCGGGAGUGCAGAGUGCUCACUGUGACUGGUGCCAGUGUUGUUAGAUCUACUCGUUGUCGCUGAUCUAUUCGUCUCCAGGUCUAUUCGCUGUCGGUGAUCUAUUCGAGAACGCAGCCGUGGGAUACCGUGAUUGGUUAUAUGUUCAAGAUGUCGAAGAGUCAGCAGCUGCCGUUCAAGAUGAUUCCCCUGCCAGACGACAUCCAGAAGAGAAUCGCCAGCGACUUCAGGGGCUUCCCCAACGGCCUUGUCAGCUGCAACCACUGGGGCUACAAGGUGUCCGCCACGACCACGGAACAAGAGCUGGAUGGCAUAUUCAACUACCCGCUGGAUCCACGUGACGUUUGGCUGGUGACGCCGCCAAAGUGCGGAACCACCUGGAGCCAGGAAAUGGUGUGGCUUAUCGCCAACGAUCUGGAUUAUGAAGGAGCCAAAUCACCACUGAUGCCAGACAGGUGGAACUUUCCCGACUUUGUGACCGUGAUCGACAAGGACGACAUGCCCCGCUGGUUCCGCGGUCCGACGGAUGACUUCAGCGCGCUGACCGGCGACCCACACCGACCGGCGCCGCGCUACGUCAAGUGCCACCUGCCACUGUCCAUGUACCGGCCGCAGCUGCUGGAGACCUGCCGGGUGGUCUACGUGGCCAGGAAUCCCAAGGACCUCUGCGUGUCCCUCUACCACCACAGCCGCUUCUUCUACUGCUACGACUUCGAGGGCGACUUCGAGCUGUUCCUGCAGUACUUCAUGGAUGGCAACAUUACCGAUCUUCCCUGCGUGGAGCACAUGAUAGAGGCCUGGAACCUGCGUCCCCACCCCAACCUCUGCUUCCUCUUCUACGAGGACAUGAAACGCGAUCUCAAAUCGCAGAUCCGCAAGGUGGCCAAGUUCCUGGGAAAGGAUUUCUCUGAAGAACAGGUGACCAAGCUGGCCGAGCACCUGCACAUCGACAACUUCAAGAAGAACCCCUACGUCAACCGAGAGAACCUAAAACAGGAUGGCGUGGCGUACACUGACAGAACCGACUUCAUCAGGAAGGGCAAGACGGGCGAUUGGAAGGGCGCUUUCACAGCCGAGAUGAACGACAAGUUCGACCGCUGGCUCGAAGACAAGCUGAAGGGAACUGACCUCAGGUUCACCAUGGAGCUGGACACGCAAGAUUGACUCGACCGGACCCAGAGGCUUCCAACGUGGUACAAUCGUGGACAAAACCCAAAGGCUUGGAAAGGGUUUAGGGGUGCGCUGUAAAAAUUGGUAAAUUCUCUCCAGUGAGGCUUUGUCAUGUGAUAGCCGAAAUGAAUAUAAUAUAGCAUGAUCGCCAUUUUGGGCGCGGCAACUG